AUGUCGUCUUGUCUUCUUCCUCAGUUCAAGUGCCAACCUGAUUCCUUCUCUAUUCACUUCAGGACCUCUCACUCCGUCUCAAAACACAACAAGGGUCCAGUCUUCUUCCAACCGCAAUGCGCAGUAUCCACUUCAACGACGUUAUCAACUACUGUGCUUGAUGUGGCAAAGCUUAGACUACCUUCUUUCAAUACCGAUUCAGAUUCCCGAAUAUCUGACAGGCAAUGGACUUACACAGGAACCAUUGGUCCUUCCACUGAGGCAAAAUAUUUAGAAGCUUUAGCCUCUGAAACACUUCUCACAAGCGAUGAAGCAGUGGUUGCUGCAGCAGCAGCUGAAGCAGUGGCCCUUGCGAGAGCCGCUGUCAAAGUUGCGAAAGAUGCCACAUUGUUUAAAAACAGUUACAACACGAAACUAUUCAUUUCAUCAUCGACGGCCGCCGACAAACGCUCCAAGUGGGAUCAGUUUACAGAGAAGGAACGUGCUGGGAUAUUGGGACAUCUAGCGGUUUCAGACAAUGGAGUUGUGAGUGAUAGAAGCACUGCACCUGCACCUGACUGUAAGAACGAUUCGUCUGAUGAUUUGAAACCAGAGAAUCAAGAAGUUGAGCUUCUGGAGGAGCAACUUUCAGCGAGUUCGGCUGUGAGAUCGACACGCCAAACUGAAAGGAAAGCUCGAAGGGAAAAAGGGCUAGAGAAAACUGCAACGGCUAUGCAAUCUGUGAAGACUGGUUCGACCUCUAGAAAGAAACGUGUUGCUUCACAAGAAGUUGACCAUAAUGAUCCUUUGCGUUAUCUAAGAAUGACAACAAGCAGUUCCAAGCUUCUCACUGCCAGAGAAGAACAAGAGCUGUCUGCAGGAAUUCAGGACCUUCUGAAGUUGGAAAGACUUCAAGCAGAGCUUGUUGAGCGUUGUGGCCAUCAGCCAAGCUUUGCACAGUGGGCUUCUGCUGCUGGAGUCGACCAAAACACUUUAAGGAGACGUAUACAUUAUGGCACACAAUGCAAGGACAGAAUGAUUAAAAGCAACAUUCGUCUCGUCAUUUCAAUUGCCAAGAAUUAUCAAGGAGCUGGGAUGAACCUCCAAGAUCUUGUCCAGGAAGGGUGCAGAGGGCUUGUGAGGGGAGCAGAGAAGUUUGAUGCUACAAAGGGUUUUAAAUUUUCAACGUAUGCGCAUUGGUGGAUCAAGCAAGCAGUGAGGAAGUCUCUUUCUGAUCAGUCCAGAAUGAUAAGAUUGCCUUUUCACAUGGUGGAGGCAACAUAUCGAGUAAAAGAGGCUCGAAAGCAACUGUACAGCGAAACGGGUAAGCAACCAGAGAAUGAAGAAGUCGCAGAAGCGACAGGGCUUUCGAUGAAGAGGCUCAUGGCGGUUAUGCUCUCUCCUAAGCCUCCAAGGUCGCUAGACCAGAAAAUCGGAAUCAAUCUAAACCUCAAACCUUCGGAAGUGAUAUCAGAUCCUGAAGCAGAAACUUCAGAAGAUAUUCUGAUAAAGCAGUUCAUGAGGCAGGACUUGGACAAAGUGCUGGACUCGUUGAGUACGAGGGAGAAGCAGGUGAUACGGUGGAGAUUUGGGAUGGAAGAUGGGAGGAUGAAGACGUUGCAAGAGAUCGGAGAGACGAUGGGUGUGAGCCGAGAGAGAGUGAGGCAGAUCGAGUCGUCUGCUUUCAGGAAACUCAAGAACAAGAAGAGAAGCAACCAUUUGCAGCAGUACUUGAUUGCACAGUCGUAA